AUGUUCCACUUAUCCACACCGCUCUCUCUCCCCAUCCCUUUGCCUCCCCCCCGCCUCUCCCCCGCCUCCCUUCCGCCUCCCUUCCGCCUCCCCCCCGCCUCCCUUCCGGCUCCCCCCCUUUCCUUCCGCCCCCCUCCCCCCACAGAACUGCGCUUAUACAGCUUUCUCCCCUCCACCCCUUUCAGCCUAGCCUACGUGUCUGCAUCUACUCGUGCUCGAGCGCGCUUGCGUGAUCGUUCCUACGCCACACAUCACGAUCUGCUACUCGUGCUCCAGCAGCCUUGCCUGGUGGUCCUGGCUGCUCGUUGCUGCACCGCACGUCACUCAUACUUCCCAUCGACUCCUCUGUCUCUCCACUUCACCCAUUCCGCUUCCCCCUUGCCCCCUCUCAGCCUAUGGUCUGCAAGCUGCAGCUACUCGUGCUCCAGCGGCCUUGCCUGGUGGUCCUGGCUGCUCGUUGCUGCACCGCACGUCACUCCUCAUACUUCCCAUCGACUCCUCUGUCUCUCCGCUUCACCCAUUCCGCUUCCCCCUUGCCCCCUCUCAGCCUACGUCUCUGCAAGCUGCAGCUACUCGUGCUCCAGCGGGCUCGCCUGGUGGUCCCACCUUCUCAUUCCCACCGCACAGCACUCCUCACAUUUCCCCAUCAACUCCUCCCUCUAUCUCUUCCCCUCCCUCCACCCCUCUCAGCCUACGUCUCUGCAAGCUGCAGCUACUCGUGCUCCAGCGGGCUCGCCUGGUGGUCCCACCUUCUCAUUCCCACCGCACAGCACUCCUCACAUUUCCCCAUCAACUCCUCCCUCUAUCUCUUCCCCUCCCUCCACCCCUCUCAGCCUACGUCUCUGCAAGCUGCAGCUACUCGUGCUCCAGCGGGCUCGCCUGGUGGUCGUGGCUGCUCAUCAGUUUCGCGAUUCUCUUUGUCUCUGUAGGGGUGGGCUUCGGGGUCUAUGUGUGCCUGCGCUCUGCCCGCAGCUGAUUCCAAGAGCACUGCUGAAUGUGCGUGCUGCGGGCUUGCCUGGUGGUCCUGGCUGCUCAUCGGUCUCGCCAUUCCCUUAG